GUCGCUGUAAACGAAUGUACUCUUAACAGUCUUAACAAACCUACAAAAAAUUUGAUGUAUUUCGAAAUCUCACAAGCGAUGCAGUUAAUAUGGAAAUGAUCGAAAAUUACAUUUUAAGAUACAAGAGUGCAAAGAAAAUACAAUCAGUAUGGAGGGGUUACUCCACCCGAAAGCACUUUCCUCACAUAAGACGUGAACUAGAGCGAGAGAAGGCUGCCAUCAAAAUCCAGCGAGCAGUUCGUGAGUGGCUGUACUACCGCACAAUCACUUCAGCAGGGGAGCCUGACCCACACAUCUGGCGCAUCACCGAGAAGGAUCUGGAGAGGCUUGAGGAGGAGGUUGCACAGUGGCAGGAAGAAUGUGACAGCUCUCAGCUCCCCAGCCCUGACGAGCUGCAGCAGGUUUUUCAGCAGGUGCGGCUGAAGCUCGCUCACUUCCAGUCGAGCUUCCUGAAGAACAGAAGCCUCCUUCACUCACUUCGGCACAGGGUGCGCCUCUUGCAGGAGGUGCAGUCUGUCCUAAUUGCGCUGCCUAACCUGGAAGACAGCAGUGAUCUGGAUCUGUCAUUCUUCCGGAGAGUACCCCGACAAGCCGCUGUGUAUGCGAGGCUUCGGCACCGGUUCUCAUUUCUAAUGCUGGACCAACCGUACGAUGAAGAACUUCCCAGCACACCUGUAGACACUGGUGAUGCAGCAGACGGUACUGCUACACCACAGCAGUAAUCACUGUACUGCCACAGUACUGUUAGCAGUUCUGUGGCAUUCGUACAUUUUCAUUUGGUUUAUGCUCACCCAGAGGACACAAUAAUGUUUGCUGCAUGUGGUAAACACCUUUUCUCAAGAUGGGGUCAGGAGAGAGAGAGAGAGAGAGAGAGAGAGAGAGAGAGAGAGAGAGAGAGAGAGAGAGAGAGAGAUUUUCAACACGUAUAUCACUAAAAUGAUCCUACAUUCAUCCCUGCUCCAUGUAUAUACUUUCCUUAGUCCACCACAUGCCCACAAUGCUACCAGGCAGUGGAAAAUAUGUAAAUUGACAUAUUUUGUAUAUGUGAUGUGGCAUAAUGUUCUGGGGUAAAUCAUCUUUAAGAAAGAAAAUCUCCACUGCUCAGAAACAUGCUGUAAGAAUAUUAUGUGGUCCUCAACUAUGCUCAUCUUGUAGGUAAUUGUUUAAGGAGUAGAGCAUUCUGGCUACUGCUUCACAGUAUAUUUAUUCUCUAAUGAAGUUUGUUGUAAAUAAUCCACAACGCUGCAACAAGAAUGUUUGAUCACUUACCCUGUGAUAUAAAAUGUCUGACAGUCAUCAAAGUAAAAUUUGAAAACAAACUGAAAACUUUUCUGCUUGACAACUCUUUCUAUUCCAUAGAAAAAUUUCUGUUAUUGCAAUGUAUAAACAGUGAGGGGUACGAACUACUAACUCACAUCUGUAUAUUAAAAAUAAAUAAAAUAAAACAAAAUAAAAUAAACUUGUAAAUGUUUAGCAUGUAGCCACAUUUACAAAUGAAUUAGUGAUGUGAGUGUAAAAUGACUUGUUUCAUAUCAUUAUGGUUUAUUGUGCAAAAUGAUCCAUGGAAUAUGAAAAUAACUAACCAAGUGGCAUUCAAUCUCAUGAUGGGCAGUAGUCUAAUGCCUUGCCACAUCAGUGCACAUGAAGAUGGUACACUCUGUCUCUAACAGGACGUAAAGUAAUCUCAAAGGAAUAUGGGAGACACUAAGACACUGCACAUCAUAUAUCCACCAGUUGACAACCAGUAGCAUGCCCAGUUACUGCUACUGUCCAUCCAUUCAGCAUAUUUGUUGUUGUUGGUGCAGCUCUCUAUGCUACUCUAUCCUGUGCAAACCUCUUCAUCUCUGACUAACUACUGCAACCUACAUCCUUCUGAAUCUGCUUACUGUAUUUGUCUCCUGGUUUCCCUCUAUGAUUUUACCCCCCCCCCCCCCCCACACACACACACACUUCCCUCCAGUACUAAAUUGAUGAUACCCUGAUGUCUCAGAAUGUGUCCUACCAAACAGACCCUUCUUCUAGUCAGGUUGUUGUAGCAUCACAUUUCAAACGCUUCUAUUCUCUUGUUGUCUCAACUGUUGUAUCACCCAAGGAUAACAACAAAAGAAUCAUCAGAGCUGCAGAUAUAUGUCGUACUGGUUUUCCCUGUAACAUAUACCAAGCAAGGUGGUGCAAUGGUUAGCACACUGGACUCCACAUUCGGGAGGACGAUGGUUCAAUCCCGCAUCUGGCCAUCCUGAUUUACAUUUUCCGUGAUUUCCCUAGAUCACUUCAGGCAAAUGCCGGGAUGGUUGGGCACGGCUGAUUUCCUUCCCCAUACUUCCCUAAUCCGAGCUUGUGCUCCGUCUCUUAUGACCUCUUUGUCGAGGGGACGUUAAACACUGAUCUCCUCCUCCUCCUUCUCCAUAACAUAUUGAAAGAUCUACCUGGUGGCAGCCUGAGCUCAGUUUGCAAAAUUGUUAUUUAUUUAUUGUCCAAGCAUUUAAUGUACUGCAAUUGGGAGAAUGAAGACAACAAGGACCUAAAGCACACUGUGGUUGAGCUCAAAUAAAAGUGAAUAUAAGAGAAAUCGGCUAGACAGCUUUUUAUUGAUGUUCAUAUAUGCAAUGUGGGCCUGCAGCACAGAUAAACCUGAAUCACCAUAAGAUGAACAGAUGUCAUGAGCAUGCAUACAUGAUACAAUAUCAAAAGCAACAGUGAUGUGCUUAGGUCCUUAUCGUUCUCAGUGCCUCAACUGAUACAUGUUGUAUCAUUACAUAUCAGCUGGACAUUUUGAUUGUACAGUGGCAUUAACAUAGUGUAUUCUUGGAUUUAGUGUAUGUAUACUGUAAAGCAGAUU